GCUCUACGCUGCUUAGCACAAACACUGUAACUGAUGCCCUCCAACUCUGUGAACGUCUCGCGAGGUGGGCGUACACUGCUGGGACAGUCCAGUCAACGUGAAGCGACCACUUCAGGGCUCUCCUCUCGACGCAAGCCGACGCUCUCAAGCCACUCUGCUCGGGGAGAAAUAGUUGCUGUAGAUGCUGGCGAGGAUGCUGUGUCUGCUAUGAUGGUAUCAGGACGGAAGAGAAAAAAGACAAGGACACCGACAAGGGCUCCUGUGGAACCAGACGGUGUCAUUGAAAUCUCGUCGGACGAGGAGGAUCGGACGAGGAUUCUUACAGUGCGUUCCAACGGCCACAAACAAUCACAUGAACUACAGACGUCGGUGUCUGCGUCUACGGCGACGACCAACAUUCGCGAAGUCAUCGAAGCAGCCUUUGACGCUAACGCCACUUUGCGCGAAGACCUCGAGCAUAGAACUAGGCAUCUAGAACAAGAGCUUAGAAUCGCAUUAGAGAAGGCGGCCAACUUGCAGAAACAGGCGGACGCCGCAUGCGAGAGCAAGGCGGAUGUGCAGAAAGAACAUGAGGCGCUAUGCGACACUCUCGCAGCACUGCAACAGGAACUUGAGGUCGCGUACGCAGCGCAUGAUCAGACGCGUCAAGAGGCACAGACCACAUUAGACAAGAAUGUUCGACUAGAGCAAGAAAUUCAGAGGACUCGUGACCUUUUUAAUACGCAGCGCGCUCAGCUUGUCAAAUUCGAAGAAGAGAGUACGAGCAUGGCGGUGCUUGCGCAGGUGAACGCCCAACUCGAGGAGCUGAAGACCGGGAAUUCGAGAGCGCAGGACUUCUUCUCGCGCAUGGAGCAGAACGUUGAUUGCACGAUUUGCGCAUACGUGCUGUAUAACCCAUGCGUGUUGCCCUGCGGUCAUACGUUUUGCCAAACCUGCUUGGAGGAGUACUUCGACGGAAUAUUCGCGGAACAUGUCGUGGCGAACCCCGCGCUCGACGUCCCCGAUGUGCUCCCUUACCAUCAAGCAUUACGACAGGUAAACCUCGACGAAGCGAUGCGUCAGCAGAUACGCCUCGAGCUCGCCAACGUCCAAGCUGCCCAUCCACGCCCUGCUUACAUCUGUCCAAUGUGUCGCACUCCAGUGACAUCGACACCAGCGCAAAACUUCGCAUUGAGAGAUAUCUCGGAACUCGUAGGCCAUAUUCGCGGUGAACGCAAUCCGCGGCAGGCUGACAAUGGCGUUCGGCGGAAUGACGGGUUGUUGGAUCGAUUUUUCGGUGUACUUCAAUAGUAAUUGUCUCGCCGCUAUACGUCUCACCGCUCAUUACCCACCGUCCACGUCAUUGUCUCUACAUUUGCGUACUUGAUUCGAUAUACAGGGAGAAAGAAUGCGCUAUCAUAUGCAAUGAUAUAAUACUCUCGUGACCGG